GUCAUUCCAAGGUACAGUGGCAUCACAGAAGCACAAGCUCCAAUUCCCCACCCCAACACGGAAACAACAACCUCAACUACACGUCAACCUACAAGCUACAUCACCUGUUCUUCACUUUCCCCUCUUCAACUCAGACAAGUUCGUUUCCCAUCAAAAGAAAUUUCGAUCCACCACCGGCAAAUCACAAUGCGCGAUGACAACGACCCGUUAAACGACUUUCUGAAGCCCUUCAGGAAGUUCAAGGAGCACGUCGACGACAAUAUCGGCGCCGGCUUUCACACUAUUCUCGACACGAUUCUAUACCUUACGCCGUAUCAGCUGUCCAGACGAGAUGCUCCGUCCUCACCAGCCCUGGGCACCGACAUCACUCGGGGCAAGAACUUACCCGAUAUCCGUGCCUAUGAGAAAAAUAAGGACUCUGAAGAACUGGAGCGUUAUCUUGACGAGCUGCAAAGAAAUGGCACCAACUACUUUGAAGCAGCCCGCGCCUGGAGGCUGUUUCUGCUACGCUCCAAUUACUCCCCGGUUCGCCUUUCUCUCGAGCUCGGCUGGAAACCCGUCCCGAAGGGCCUGACUCCGGAAAUGGAUCCCAAUCAGUUUGGAUGGGAGGACGCGUUUGAGGAUCUUCUUGCCGAAAGCUCGGCCAAGCCUAUGAGGAGUCUCGACUCCCACUGGUUCACCAAACAAUACCCUCUCUAUCCGAAAUACCUUGAACAGAGCAAGACCGUGACCCCGGAUAUGCUCCGAGCACUUGAUAUGGACCAGAGAAUACGCUUCCGCAAACUUGACGAGGCCUGGUUUCCCCUCUACUCUCGCCUGUUCGUUGAUGCCUCCGACCGCCGCUACUGCUCACCACGCAGUAUGGACGAGUGGAUUGAAUGGAGAAAGGCGGAGGCGGAAAAGGACGACUUCCACUACAACAUCCUUUCUCAGCUUGUGUCAAACCUCGGAAUCGACGCUUCUCGCUGGGCCGACAAGAACAGAAACCGGGACGAAGCCGUUCUAGAAAUGCAAGGACGCAUCAUCAAUGAUGUCAGCAACACGCUUGGCGACGUCGUUGACAUGUCCAACGGCUUCUUUGACAACUUGACAUGGUUCAUCAACAAGUUCGACCGUGCGUUAACCGAGGAGACAGAACGGGAAUCGAAGAAGAAAUUGCAAAGGCCCAGCUCGAACGACAAGAAGCAUCCUGACACAGAGCAGGAUUUGACCGAUGUCAUCUUGUCAGCUUUCAACGAGUCCAACCGUUCACUGAGCACGCUGUUCAAGUCUUUUGCGAACGAGCUCAAGGACACUAAACGCUUCUUCGAUGACUGGAUCGAUUCUCGAGAUGUUGACAGUCUCACCAAGUCUUCCGAUACCGCUGUCACUACUAGAGACAACAGCACCGUCACCACCACCACCACCGAGAAGGACGGGGUGACCGAAGUUGUCAAGAAGCAAGAGUACACCGACGCAUCCGGUGCGGUACAUGUCAAGCAGGAAAUCAUUAGGAAGGAUGCUGAGGGCAACGUUAUCAGCAGAUCGAGCAGCCACUCGGUCCAAAGUAAGCGCUCUUGGUCUUUUGGCAACUUCGGUGCUGAUGAAGACGCCAAGUCCUCCCUCGCCGAGAAGGGCCGUGACCAGGACGGAAACACUAAGGAUGAUGACGGCAAGGAUGGGAAAAAGGAUGGGUGGUUCUGGAAGUAAACCUUUCCGUGAUGACAUGAGGUCGCCUCGUCCAUGUCUCACUAGUCGAGAUGACAAGAAUGAGUGAUGCUGUCACAUCACGUUCUUGUGUGUACAUUACCUGCCUAUACCCCUUUCCUUCCUUUUCUUUACACGAAGCCGAUGACACUUUCUAGUAUAUGACAAAUAUAUAGCCGACGAGUCCAUGUUAAACACAAAAUUUUCCAUCCACUAUCCGGCUCAAUUGUCCUUGUUUUUCUGGUGUCGCAUGUUACCGAGGAAUUUCACUAAAUAUUCCGUCUAACAAGUGUUCAGAAUCCAUUGGAAACACAGAACCAACGCUGGCAUAUAGUCAUCUAGGCAGCCAUGUACACGUAAAAGAUGAUAAAGACAGUGAAGAGAAGCUUGAACUAAAUGACAGCAACGCACAGAGCAGACAUGGAAAGAAGAAGGAAAGAGAUGC